CCCGUACUUAUCAUUUCUUCCUGAGCACAAACAGAAGCCUGAUGGGUAAAAAUACGUUGAUUGCGCUUCGCGUACCCAACCUACAAACCAUUUCAAAGUAUUUGUCUUCUGUGACAAAGAUAGUAGAACAAUUAAGUGAGGACAGCAACAAUAGACUAUACAUUUGGGUAUCCAGUCCUGAAUUAAACGAAGAAAGAAAUGAGCGCGUUUUUUUGAGUCUCACGAAAGCUCUGAGUGAAUUAUACCUAUGUUCAAUUACUACAAAAAAUCCCACUAUUUUUAAUGUUGUCCCUACUGUUGUUUUGUUUGAAGACUGGUCUGGAUAUUCUAUUAGUGAACUUUCUAAUCUGUGUGAAACCACUUAUUGCACAAAGAAUUAUGGCGACUCCAUUUCAAGUUCUAGUACUGAAGUGAUCCAUAUCGAAGCUGACGAGCUAAAACAUGUUGAGCUCGAAAAUAGUUUCGAAGAAAGCGAGAACCAGGAUAAGAAAAUUGAAAACCGUAUUUCAGCUGUCGGUGGAACAUUCGACCAUUUACAUGUCGGUCAUAAAGUUUUACUUACAUUAGCCGCAUGGAUUGGGAUAGAAAAGGUUUAUGUUGGAGUUUCUGGGAAUGAGUUACUGUUGAACAAAGUAGAGAGGGCAUACUUAGAAAAUAUAGAAGUCAGAAAGAACUCCGUCUAUGACUUCCUUCACUCGAUAAAGAAAAAUAUACAAUCAAACAUUGUUAUUAUUAAGGAUCCAUUUGGCCCAACGAUUACUCAUGGAGAGAUUGACAGUUUACUCGUCUCCCAAGAAACUAUUAAAGGAGCGGAUUCUAUACAAACGGAACGAAGAAAAAGAGGAUUGCCUGAACUGGAUAUUUAUUGCAUUGACCUUCUCCAUUUCGCACACGCUACAAUGCCAGAAAAUUGUGAUCCAGUUAAACUUAGUUCAACAGCCAUUAGAAAAGAGCUAGCUAAGAAAAACUUUUAAGAAUUAUAAAAUAUUUUAAUUCCCUACGUUUUCGUAAAAUAUCUAAUUUAGUUUUACUUUAUUGAAAUUUGAGUACACCCC